AUGACUACAAAGACACAGAGUCAGGUAUUACCAUUAAAGUUUGGUGAACGAAGUCGACUUAAACAUGGAGCUGUCCCUUCUGUGUUUGAUUUUAAGAGCACGGGUACACAGACUUUCCAAGAGACAGAAAGAUCAAAGCGGAAGAGGUUGCGAGACUACACUCAACAGACUGUUCAAGACACUCCUUUUACCACAGAGGUACAGAUGGAUGAAAUGGCUGUACAUGAAGUUGUCCUGGAACAGGCACCUUCUGAUACAUCAUCUGAGCCAGAAUAUCUACGAGCUGAGUGUGCAACAGCUGAAAAGGAAGUUCAGUGUGACAUUCCUACACUGGGCAAAUUUUCAGUUGAAGGAAUGAAGCUUGACACCCACAAGACCAGUUUUUUUUUAACUUUGAUUAAACUCCGACAAGCAAAAGAAGAUGUGGAGCUUGCUAUGCUUUUUAAGGUUUGUGAGUCAACUGUUUCAAAGAUUAUAACAACUUGGAUCAACUUUUUGUAUUUUCAAUUUAAGGAGCUAGAGGAACAAUUCUGGCCCUCAAAGGAUAUCAUUAAGGAACACAUGCCAACUGAUUUUGCUAAAAAGUUCCCUAAUACACGCAUCAUCUUGGAUGCAACCGAACAACCGAUCCACAAACCCUCAAAUCUUGAAGCUCAGUCCAAAACAUGGUCCUCAUAUAAGCACAAAAAUACCCUUAAAACCAUGGUUGGUAUAACUCCCAAUGGAGCAGUAUCUUAUAUAUCUUCUGCUUAUGGGGGAUCCGCAUCAGACCGACAAAUUAUUGAAAGGUCUUCCUUAAUAAACGAAGCUAAAUUUGAUGCUAGUGACAGCAUAAUGGCAGACCGUGGAAUAUUAGUUCAAGAUUUAUUUGCAAAUCAAAAUGUUUGUGUUAACACCCCUACUCUUCUAAAGGGUAAGAGUCAGCUUAGCCCCGAAGACAUAGUAAGAGAUAGAAGAGUUGCUUCUAAACGCAUUCAUGUAGAGAGGGUGAUUGGUCUUGCCAAGAGGUUUAAGAUUUUGAAACACGAGCUACCAAUGUCGAAAGUUCCCUUAGCUUCCAGAAUUGUGUACAUCUGUUUUAUUUUGUCCAAUUUCAGAAAUUGUAUUGUUGAUAAAAGUGCCUGA